UCUGAUACAAAUGUCAAUGUGACAAUUGUCCCCGGGCAAAAUCACCGUGCCGCGACCAGCGUGAAUGAUAAAUAAUAAAUUAUCAAGUACAACACUAACUGUCGAGACAUUCGUUGACACUUCCGUAAAGUGAGGCGAAAAUGGGAAACGCUAACUCCGCGCAACCUCCCAAGAUUCAUAAAGACCGGAAAGAGGGCAACGCAGAUACCGGAAAAGGUAGACAACCCGCGAACAGAAGCGGUAAAGCCGUCAGUCAAAGUUCACAGAGCCAAAAGGACGGGCACAACGUCCGUCCUCGAGCGACGAAUCCUUUCAUCAUUUUCUUUCUGCGACUUCGUAGCAAAAAACCGAAUGAGCAUGUCACUGUGAUUGCGCGAGCUGCGGGCAAAUUGUGGUCCCGGAUGACUCCCGAACAGAGAAAGAAAUAUGUGGAUCUUGCCAACGAGGAGAAGAAACGACGUCAGGAGAGGAAACGGAAGAGAAAACGAUCGUCCACACAUUCGAGGAUGAAGUAACAAAGCUUGUAAAGGAUCUAUCUUGCGCAAGGAAGUGAUCUUACACGCAAUAUGUCGUCGUACGUGGCACC